UCCACAACACUCCCGUGGCGACAACAUGAGCGACGAACGGUUCGAUGGGCUCUUGAUGCAGAUGGCCCAGCAGCAGAACGGCAUUGAGCCCAUGCUCUCGAGUGUCUUUGGCUUCCUCCGCCGGAAGACUGACUUCUUCUCUGGGGCCACCCAGGACGCCAUUGAGCAAAUGGUGCUGUCUGUGUUGCGCAAGGAAUCGGCGAUUGCCGAGCGCGAACGGUAUGAUCGCAAGGUGCAGGACGAAAAGGAAAAGAAGAAGCGUCUGGAAGCCAAGCGGAAGAAGGAGCAGGAAGAGGUGGCGUCCCGGAAGACCCAAUCCCGCUUCGAAGAAAUCACCGACGAUGACGACGUUGUACCUCCCGUGCCGGUGAAAACCCCAGCUCCCGCAGCAGCCCCAUCCCCCGUAGUUGCGACACCUACGUCUACCGACGCGAAUGCGGAGGACGAGGACAAGGACGAUGGCACUCCUCCCCUUGAAGGUAAUGGCGGCAAGACGGAGCAUUAUGUGUGGACGCAGACGCUCCAGGAGGCGCAAGUGACGAUCCCCGUGCCCCAAGGAACGACGUCGAAGCAGGUGCUUGUGGACUUGCGGUCGACGACGUUGAAGGCCGGGCUCAAGGGCCAGCCGUUGCUCGUGGACGGGACCCUGCACAAGAAGAUCAAGGUCGAAGACAGCUUUUGGACUUUGGAAGACAACAACCGCAUUUGCUUGUACCUGCAGAAGGAGAACCAGAUGGAGUGGUGGAAGAGCAUCAUCGUAGGACACGACGAGAUCGAUACGAAGAAGGUGCAGCCGGAGAACUCGAAGCUGAGCGACUUGGACGGCGAGACGCGGCAGACGGUGGAGAAGAUGAUGUUCGACCAGCGCCAGAAGCAGAUGGGGCUGCCCACGAGCGAAGAGAUGGGCAAGCAGGACAUCCUCAACAAGUUUAUGAAGGCGCACCCUGAAAUGGACUUCUCCAAGGCCAAAAUCAACUAAUGGUAGUUAACAUACUAUCGACUUGUUACUACAUGACGUAGUACGAGUACUACUAGUAGUAAUCACCAAUCCAGGAUUAACAAAGGCAAAUACUACUACUACGGUAGUAAUACUACUAGAAACCACAAACAUCC